CCCAAAUCAAGAAAAGUUAAAAAAAAACAAAAAGCGAAAAACGAAAUGGGGGACUUUGGACCCAUAAAAACCCUAGAAAUCCAUCAAUCUCCCUCUUUUGUCUCCAUCCCCUGAAUCAAUCCGUAUAUUUCCUCUAUCUCAUCUCUCAAUUCCUUUAUCCAUUUACCAACCAACCGCCAAAACCCUAGCAUUUCAAAACCUCUCUCCUUCAUUUUUCGCCCUAAUUCGUGUUUUAAUCCCAUUUAUUCUAGUAUCAGGGAGGAUAGAUUCAAUUUCUGCAGUCCACGUGAUUGAUCUGAAAGUGAAAUACGGUGUACAUGCCUACAAGUGGUUGGUUGAUUUCUAUAGACUCUAUACGAGGAAGUGAAGAGGAAAUAAAUGCCUCCUGGGUUGUCAAUCUGCUAAUUGGUUUCAAGUUUAUAAACCUUCAGCUUACGAUUUGCACAACUUUGUCUUGGGCAAGAUAUUUGUUCAGUUCACAAUUUUGAUUGUUUGUGCGGCAGUCUUUCUUUUGUAAAUUUCAUAUCCAUUUAUUGUGGUCACCUAUUUACGAAGAUCAUUAAAUGGCAGAAAGCGAGAUGGCUGUCAUCAAACCAGAGGCUAUGAAGUCCUACAUAUGGCUGCAAACUGUUGAUGGAUCUAUCCAGCAAGUAGAAGAGGAAGUUGCAUUGUUCUGCCCCAUGAUAUGUCGAGAACGGCAUCAAGCAGGCAUGGGAGCCUCAAAGAAUUAUGCCAUAUCUCUACCACAGCGAGUCAAUCCAGCCAGUCUAGGAUUGAUACUUGAUUAUUGCCGGUUUCAUCAAGUUCCAGGUCGUUCCAAUAAGGAGCGAAAAUCCUUUGAUGAAAAGUUCAUCAAGAUGGAUACGAAAGGAUUAUGUGAGUUAACUUCGGCAGCUGAUGCCCUCCAGUUAAGGCCUUUAGUUGAUCUCACUAGUCGAGCACUUGCCCGCAUGAUAGAAGGAAGAACUCCGGAGGAGAUACGGGAAAUCUUUCAUUUACCUGAUGAUCUCACAGAGGAGGAAAAACUAGAGCCAUUGAGAAAUAUUACUGCUGAUCCUCGGAUUAGAUUACUAAAUCGACUUUAUGCCAAGAAAAGAAAAGAACUAAAGGAACGGCAAAUGGUGCAGCACGUGGGUGUUGAUGAACGUUCAGUUGACGACCUUUUAUCUUUUAUAAAUGGAAGGGAUAGAGAUGUUAAAUGUGUCAGAGCUACAAAGAACAAAAAGAAGAACAAGAGAAAAAAGGAUCACCGAAAAGAUUCUCCUAAUAACAAUAGCCUCAGCAAUACCUGUAAGAAGGAUGCUGAGAAUCUUUCAAAUACAUGCAAUAAAUCUGGUGGUACCUUUUCUUCAAGUCCAAGUAGAAGUUCAGAAUUUCGAAACACCUUACAAGAUCCUUUUGCAGAAGAAGUUGAGUUUGACGAUGAUGAUACAGAUGAUGGUUUAGAUCCUGUAAUGAAGGAAAAGUUGGACAGGGAAGUGGAGGACUUUGCCAGAAGAUUGAAUUCUGAUUGGUUAUCUUCAAGCCACCAAAGAAGGCUGGUGCCAAACAUAGUGAAUGGUAAUGGUUCUCUCCAAAGAUACGCAGGAUUCAACCAGAGACGAACGACGAGCUCCUGUACAAAAUGAUAGGGACAUGAGCAUAAUGGUUUUGCUGUAACUUUUGCCACGGGAGCUAGAAAGAAUGCGCUUGUUGUCGUGGGCAAGUGUUCAAAGUUGAUCAACAGAGUUUACGCCAUGACAAGCAACGACAAGUGAAGGUUUUUGAGGGAGCUUCCUGGGCUGAAAGAGCCUUCGUUGCCCACAAAACACUGCUGUGAAGCUGCUGUCUUUUUACUUAAUUUGGCAUUUAUUCAAUCUCUCCCCUCGUUUUCUGUAGCCGAUUAAUUAAUCGGGUUCUAUUUAAUUUUUAACCGGGAAUAAAUGUCAGGUCGCAGAGUAAGUGUUGAUUGCAGAGAAUUUGGAAUAACGUCGUUCAUCAAUUGUCCAGUUUUUUCUUGUGAUGUUCCAACAGUCCCAACUCAUGAAAGAGAAGAUAUUGGUUAACUUGACCUUGUACACCAUUUUGGACAUUGGUGAUUUUGAGAGAGGAUUAUUAAUUGCUAUGCAGUGUUAGAGCUUACCUGUAAACUUGUUCAAUUGCAGACGUUAUUUGUAUAUUUGUUCAUUAAUCAUCCUAAUCAAUAUCAAGCAAUGAUCAUCCAAAGUCAA